GUUCCUUGGUCAUGACGUUCGCGGGGGCUUUUGCUUCACCCAAUUUUACCCUUAAUAUUCCUGAAAUGGUUUUUUGACCAUCUAGGUUCUUGCCACUGUUAAUGGCAUUUCGGCCGGCUCCGUAGCUCCCCGCCUCCAUCAUGGGCGAGAUUACUUUGGAUGGGGCCCUUGCGCUUCUAGCGUCAGAGAAGCUCAGGGAGCGUUCAGAUGGGCUUGCUGAUCUAAAGCAUAUACUGCAGAAAAAUAGAAGAAAUUCAAAAUUAAACUCGCUGAAUGACAAAGCUUGCCACAAGAUCUUUGAGUCUCUGUUUCGGUUUGUAUCAGUCGAGAAAUCUCUAUACAGUCGGUCGAACUCCAAGAGAGCUUCAGCGGCUCGCUUGUCCACAUGUGCAUCUGUCCUGCGAACGGCUGUUGAUGUUUUCUUGCGCAAUCUGCGCACACGAUCAGUUCGUGCACUAGUCGACCACAUCACCGAUACUCUGCUAGCCCCUGGAAGUGACUCUCUCUUUGAGCUUCUCGGUGUGGACUAUGCCAAAUGCUUGGUCAAUCUCCUGCGUUAUCCCCCCCAUCUCGAGCAUCUCUCAUCGGGUGAGUGGGAGAAAGUGAUAGACUUCUGCCUGAAAGGUAUCAAUGCCAAGGAUGACGAGUUCAGUCCGACGAGUUCUCGAAACGGGCAUGCAUCCUUUUUGGAUGAGUACCUUUCUACUGGGGGCAGGAGCUCAACACCUCUCAGGAUAACGCCAAUCCCUACUGCCAGUGAAAAGUCCAAAGGUGACACUAGUGCUGCCACAGAAGCUGUUGUAUGUAUUCAACUUCUAACUGGAAGCCCAAACGCUCCUAUUCAGGAAGCAGCUGAGCGUGUUCUCCAUGGAUUAGCUAAAUUCCUGGGCUCAUCAUCCAUUGCUGGGAGUGGACAUCAAGCUGCGUUUGCUAGCGUAAACACAGUCAUCAUGAAAGUUCUAUUUGACCAGUCUGAACUGGCGAGGACGUCACUGCUAGAUCUAAUACCAGUAAUUCGACGUUUGUGGGCCACUAAACUUAUGGGGCUGAAAGAUGAAAUGCUUGUCACUGCCAUGCUUUGUGUGGUAGUCUUAACUGAUGCGGCUCGAAGAGAACCCUCAGAGUCAAUUGCACGCCUGAUAGAAGACCUCUUGGACACACUGCACAUGGAGUAUCUCAAGCGACCCGAGAAGGAGGUGCUACAACUAGAUGAAUUGGUUUUUCACAGCGCCGUUCCGGAACAACAGCAGAAAUACUCAGCAUGGCCUCGCUUUGAAAGUGCAAGAGCCGAGCACAACUGGACCACGCUGUGGCUUAUAGCAAGGUUACUUGAACUAUCAGACUACAUAUGUGGGAAAUUAUCGCCGCAUUCUACGUCGGGAGAGACGGCGAAUAAGAGGCAGCGCCUUGCUUCUCAGAUAGACGAUACGUUUCGUGACUCAACAGCGUCCUCUGGAUCAAGGAGAGUUUGCUCUCUGCAGCUGAUUCCGUUACUUCCCAGGAACUAUGCAAAUGUUGAGUCGAAGCUCUCCCUGCUUGAGAGGCUGCUUCCAAAUAUACUGGAUGAUAAUAGCACAGUUUCUUGUUGGACAAUGGUCGCGAUUGCAAGCAUUGCUGGUAGUCCCAAUGCAGGCUCGCAUUCUUUGAAACCCUGCUGGCAGCGCGCUUGGGAUUUGACUUCCCGGACUUCUACUUCUCAAACAACGGCAAGAGCUGCCUACAAUCUGUUGAACCAUAUACUCCAGCAUGAUCUUUUAGACUACCCAGUAGUUGUGAAAGCAACAAGUUCCAUGCUAGCAUCCAUCAAUAUGAACGGCCCCUCUGCUAUUUCGGAUUCGUGCUUGGCAUUUUGGGCUACAAUCCUUCGCAUGACGGCACAGAUAAACCCAGGCUUGGUGCCGGACGCUUCACAUAAGAUUUGCUCCUGGCUGAGGGAAACUUGGAGCAUUGGAUCGGUGACCGAUCGGUUACAGAUAGCACAAGUUGCUAUGUUCGCUCGCCCCUUGGACCUUUUGAACAUGUUGCUUGCUUGCACCAAUAGGCGCUUCGUUUUGCCUAAGAUUCGUUUCAUAGGGCCAACAGGUCUCAUUGCCAGAGGAUGGCACUUUUACCAUGAGAAAAAACGGCCCCUCAACUAUCUCUUUGACCUUCAGGAUAUGUUGAAUCCGGCCGAAUACUGGGAGCCUGAAGGAUCUCUGUGUUUGGAAAAGUUUGGCCGACUUGACUCCAAUGACCAUGUUGUCCUCGAUCUGCUGCAAAUAAAAGUUGAUGGGUUCCUGCAGGCCUGGGAUGCAUUGUUUGAAGACAAAUCACAUCAUAUAACUGUGGAUAUAGUGCAAAUUGUCACAUGCUCCUGUGUCGCUAUUGCAUUAUACACGGCAUGCCUACCACAGCAAGCUACCACCCGCGUAUCUAAUAUACAGGAGAGCAACGAACGUUUAUGGAAACAGCUGUGCUAUUUCCUAGCGUCUCGGGAACUCGUCUUUACUCAUGCAUGCCUGACGGUCUUAACACCUCUUCUGGCUCCCAAACUGUUCUUCUCCCACUCCCACACGGCUGUCAUUGGUGCUGUCUCAAGUCUGGCUCCUCCCCUUGCCAAUAUCUUGGAGGGCUACCGAGAAAGGCAAAAAGAGAAAUUGCGUUCUGACUGUGAAGAAGAUAUGGAUUUGGAUGAUCCAUUGCUCACGACGCAUGAUCAAUCAGCUGAGCUCAUUUCAAUCUUCAGCAACAAUCGAGAAGCGUCACCGGUGCUUCAGGAUGCGGCCACAUUACAACGCUGUAUCACUAUUCAACUAUCGAUCUUCCAGAGGAUGCAUGCUUCUGACUCUUCUCAGAGUGUGGUCGAUGACGGUCUGCUCGAGUAUCUGAGAAGCCUCGAUGAAAUGGACAUUCUAUCGGCGCGGGAAUUCCUACCGCAUGUGUAUCUUGCAUGUGCUGGAAUGGAACGCUCUGCUUUGGUAGGAAUACUCGAAGACCUUGGUGAGAAAUGUUUGCAGACAUAUGAAUUGGAACGCUGUGAAAAUUCGCACAUUCUUUGUCUUCGUAUGAUGGACAGCUUUGUUGGAUUGUGGACUGGUCCAGAGACCGAUCAUCUUCACGAUUCAGCUACCGACAUCUACGCAUGGUUUACAAAGGUUUUGUUGGCAAAGCGAAUGGCCUCCACUCCAGUUCUCGUUGAGUUCACCCACCUUCUAGGGGAUCUACUCACGCAUAAUGUCGCAUAUUCAAGCGGCCAAUCCACUCCAUCGCCUAGAACGAGUUUGUUCACGAUCCUCCGAGAAGGGGACGCUCUAGUGAAGUUUAGUGCUGGAGAGCUGAUCCCUCAGUUAUUCGGCCAGUACUCGCUCACAGAGCAUGAUGCGAUCUUCAACGACGUGCUGGACAGCCUUCCCCGAGACUCUGACUGGGACGAAGGUAUCGCUCUGCGACUGAUUGUACUAGCUCGGCUUGCCUCCAGGUGGCAUACAUUGCUCCGAAGAAGCAUAUACCAUAUGUUUGAGACCCCGGCCAAGGUGCCAAACUCCCUUCGGUACGCGGAAAAGUGCCUACACGAUGUUGCACAGACACUUGGACUUGAGGAUGCGAGACAGCUGUUCCGGCUCUUUUCCUCCCAGAUUGUGUACACCUGGACCGAGGAGCAAUCAAUUAAAUCUAUGCCUUUCAGUGUCUUUGGUUACGCAACACUCAAAGAGAUGCUGAUGGAUGUCCAGGACGAGAUAAUCGGACAGGUGAUGAUGCGCGGGAUUGAAACUGAAGGGGCUGAGUUUUCAGCCUGUACUGGUAUCCCAUUCGAUCACCUUGUAGUGGAGUCAUUCUGCAAGGCAGAGGCGUACAGUAUAGCCCGAGAUAUCAGCACCCCUGGGCGAUCCAGUCAAACGAAAGGAGUAGAAAACAAAGUGAAGCUGUUGUUAGGGACCGAUGAAUUCGUGUCCUUGAUUGAAGCUCAAUUUCCGCAAAUGAUAGCGACCUUCUUUAGGGCCUUGGACCAAUACGAGCAGAUCGAGAGGGCGCUCCUCAAGCGCGAUAACUUCCGGGAGGCCCUCAAUGUUCUAGGGAGUAUCGUGGGAAAGAGUUGCUCCAACAUUCUGUUGCCUGCAAACCAACAACCGUCAUUCAGAGCGCGCUACCUCCUUGAUGAACUUGAAUUCCUCUGCAAGCGGAGCGGAUACGACCUUGAGACUAUAUGGACACCUACUUUGGCAACAUAUGUCUGCCGAACACUCCUGGAAUCGAUUCACCCCGCCCUUGGCUCUUUACAUGCUUGCUCCGUUAUUCGGAAGAUUCGGAUACUCGUGAGUAUUGCUGGGCCUGUCAUGUCAAGCGACUAUCCGCUUGAAAUGGUAAUACACGCCCUUCAACCCUAUUUGGUCGACAUAUUUUGCGCGGAAGACACUUUGGGUAUCUUCUGGUACCUCCUGGAACAGGGGAAGCCCUACCUGACUGAGAGUCCUGGUCUUAUGGCUGGGGUUGCAGUCACUACACUGCUGUCUUUGAGAAAGUUCCUCGCUUCCCCACCCCCGGAAAUAGCGCAGGAAAAUCUAGUGGAAACAGUCAUGACGAAGACAAAACAAUUCCUCGAAUGGUUCGAAGACUAUUUGGAUUCGUAUGAACCCUCUGCGCUCAGUCCUGAGAAACAUGAGCUCUUCCGGCGUUUGGUCGGCUCUACCCAGCGCGUUUCCACUGCAGAAGAGGGCCCAAAAGGCAGCAGAGAGGGAUAUGAAUUGCUUCUACAAGUUCUCGGUGAUCAAAGUUCGAGGAGGAGUCUGUUAAGCAAACCGAUCGCCGACCACGUCAUAUCAAUGCUAUGCACCGAGAGCAAACUUUCCCCUGGCUCCUACCACGAUGGUUUCGAAGAUGAUGAGAACGUCAUGUCUAGUGCUGUUGCUAUCUGCCAAACCCUACAGAGAUUUGACUCGGGAACUGAAUAUAAAUUAUGGGCAGCCAGAGUCAUUGGGAGAGCAUUUGCAGCUACUGGCAAGAUUGGUGACGUUCUUCUAAGGGAACAGGAUCCGGAAUUGUUCGAAGUCCAGUCUCAUCAGUCAUAUCUAAGUCCCUUUCACCGUUCCAAAGCUAGCAUACUCAUGAUGCUUUGCAAUAUGCUACAGAAUAGCAGUCAUCUGGAAGUUGGACUUGUUGAACGUACCAUGCAACUCAUUAUCAGCAACCUGGGCAAUUUCCCGGAACUCCAGCACUGUGAAAGAACUGUGCCCCCUUCCCUCUUGAAAGCUCUCACAUGGAGUCCUUACCAGUGUCCUGGUAUGCCUACGCCAGUUUCCGCGACUGAAGCAGGAGCCACGAUAAUGUGGGACUCCACUGUUUCCGCUGGACAGUUUGCUCGGAGUGUCGGACUGUUCCUCUCAAACGCAGCUCCCGAAGACCCGGUGAUUGGUCCACUGCGCACCAUCCUCGAUGUGAUCCCUGAUCUAGCAGUCCAAAUUCUGCCGUACAUCCUUCAUGAUGUUUUACUGGCGGAACUUCAAGGGGAUGUGAACGUUCGUGGGACGGUUUCGGAGAUCUUUGGGCGAGUGCUUCGCGAAGUCGAUGACCGCACCAUUCCCCAUGCACGGCUCGUUAUUAAUUGCAUCCUUUACUUGAGGAACCAGCCCAGACCAGAUGAAUCAACAAUAGUGGAACGAGACGAGUGGCUCGACGUUGACUUUGCCGAAGCAUCCUCAGCCGCCAACAAGUGCCGCCUGCCAAAGACAGGACUUCUUUUCCUCGAAAUUUCUGCAUCGCGUGUGGUCUCCACCUCACGCCGCUCAUCCCUUGCGAGAUACGAAGUGGCACCGGAGAUAUUGCAUGGCAUAUUCCGAAAUAUAGAUGACCCGGAUUUCUUCUAUGGCAUUCAACAAGAUUCAUCGUUGGAGGCUGUCAUGGACCGACUUGAGCAUGAGAGCUCGGGAAUCAAAAAUCUUUUGUUCCAAAGCGCACGGUAUGAUAGCGAGAUACAAAUGGGGAGAGAUGCCAACGUCCACGGCGUCCUUAAUGCUCUUAAUUCGACCAAUCUCCAAGGCAUCGCCAAUUCGAUCUUUGCCAUCUCUGGUAACUCCAAAGAUACGUCGGGAUCGUUUGACAGCAUGCUGCAAACCGCAAGGAGUUUAAGGCAAUGGGACAUUCCUGUUUCCCCAUUGAGUUCUUCACCAUCCGCGACCGUCUUCCGGACUUUCCAAAGCCUCAACAUAUCCGGGACGCUAACGGAUGUCUAUGCUUCCAUUGACGAGUGUCUCUUGUCUAGUCUGGACCUACUAACUAGCACUAGCCGCUCAGCACUGUCCUUACGCAAUGCAAUGCGGACUUUGGGAGUCAUGACAGAGGUUUGCGAUGUCUUGAGUUCCAAAUCAACUGAUGAGCUCAAUAACGAGUGGCAAAGAAUUGCAAGCAGGGAUUCGUGGCUCAAGACGACAAGUGUCAAUGAUGUUGGAGAGAUCUUGACUUGCCAUGAGGCCUUGUUCUCGUCCAUCAAGAGCAAAGACUUCCUGAAGACCGCCAUCAACUUGAGUGACCGCGACGCGCAAUUACUAGAGGUGAAAGUUAUCCGCCAAUCCCUUGAGAUCGCGCGAAACCAUGGUAUCUCGCAGGCUUCGUUGAAAUCGGCUGUUUGUCUUUCAAAGCUCUCGCAGAAUUGCGAAUCCCUCGGCUUAAACAUCGAAGGUGCAGCCAAGUUCGAUUUGGCCAACGUUCUAUGGGACCAAGGGGAGAUGACAGUGUCAAUCCAAAUGCUACAGCAGCUUAGGGACCGAAACGAUCUGCAUAAGCAGGCUAUCCCAAUAAGCCGUGCGGAACUUCUGGUGACUCUGGGCCAUCACAUUGCAGAAGCGCGUUUAGAAAAGCCGGAUACAAUCAUUCAAGAGUAUCUGUCCUCAGCAGUCAAAGAGCUCCGAAGUCGCUCGCGCGGGGAAGACGUUGGCCGGGUCUAUCAUGGAUUCGCCAUGUUCUGCGACCGACAGCUGCAGAAUCCAGACGGGCUGGAAGACUUUCGACGGAUAGAACAACUGCGUGACCGUAAGGAGAAGGAAGUACGUGCGCUAGAGGACAUGAUGAAAACGGCUCAAGGCAAGGAGAGGGAGGCUCUGAAAUACCAUCGGGCCAAAACCAAACAGUGGUUCGACCUGGAUGAUCGCGAAUAUCAGCGCCUGCGACGCAGCCGCGAAGCUUUCCUUCAACAAUGUCUGGAAAACUACCUCAUGUGCCUGAAGGAGAGCGAAAGCUAUAACAACGACGCACUCCGUUUCUGUGCAUUGUGGCUUGACAAGUCCGACAGUGCCAUCGCGAACAUGGCGGUUGCCAAAUACCUCAGCCAAGUCCCCAGUCGCAAGUUUGCGCCCUUGAUGAACCAACUGACAUCUCGCCUGUUGGAUGUUUCUGAUGAGUUCCAGAAGAUGCUCUUUGCGUUGAUCUUCCGGAUCUGUGUGGAGCAUCCGUUCCAUGGCAUGUACCAGAUCUUCGCGAGCAGCAAAUACAAGGGGAGCAAAGACCAGUCGGCCCUGUCUCGAAACCGAGCAGCUGGAAAUUUGGUGGAAGGCUUGAGGAACGACAAGCGCAUGGGCCCAACAUGGAUUGCGAUCCAUAAUACCAACAUCAACUACGUGCGGUUUGCCAUCGAAAAGCCGGCCGACAAGUUCAAGAGUGGCGCCAAAGUUCCUCUGAAAAAGCUACCCCAUGGCGAACGGCUCGAACAAGAUGCCGCAACCCUGAAGCUCCCACCACCUACGAUGAAGAUCGAUAUUCGCGUUGACUGUGACUACAGCGGUGUCCCCAAACUCGUCAAGUACAAUCCUGAGUUCACCAUUGCCUCCGGAGUCAGUGCGCCAAAGAUUGUGACCGCCAUUGCCAGCAACGGAGCACGCUACAAGCAAUUGUUCAAAGGAGGCAACGAUGAUCUACGACAGGACGCGAUCAUGGAACAGGUCUUUGAGCAAGUCAGCAGCCUCCUCAAAGAUCAUCAGGUCACUCGGCAACGAGAUUUGGGCAUUCGCACCUAUAAAGUGCUUCCCCUCACGUCGAAUGCCGGAAUCAUCGAGUUUGUGCCUCAUACGAUUCCCUUGCACGAUUUCUUGUUGCCAGCACAUCAACGGUACUUUCCGAAGGACAUGAAACCGAACGUGUGUCGGAAACACAUCGCGGAUGUUCAGACCCGGUCCUUUGAGCAGAGAGUCCGAACCUACCGGCAGGUGACCGAGCACUUUCAUCCGGUCAUGAGGUUCUUCUUCAUGGAGAAGUUCAAUAAUCCGGAUGAUUGGUUCAGCAAGAGGCUGGCAUACACGCGCAGUACCGCCGCGAUCUCAAUCCUGGGCCAUGUUCUCGGGCUGGGAGAUCGGCACGGCCACAAUAUUUUGCUAGACGAACGAACGGGUGAAGUGGUCCAUAUCGAUCUGGGAGUGGCAUUUGAACAAGGGCGAGUGCUGCCCGUGCCGGAGGUCGUUCCUUUCCGGCUGACGCGCGAUUUGGUCGAUGGCAUGGGAAUCAGCAAGACCGAAGGAGUGUUCCGACGUUGUUGUGAGUUUACGCUGGAGGCCAUGCGCGAGGAGUCCUAUAGCAUCAUGACGAUCCUGGAUGUGCUGCGGUACGAUCCGCUGUAUAGUUGGACGCUCUCGCCCCUCCGAAUGAAGAGGAUGCAGGAUGCGCAAGAGGCUGAUGGCGGGCCCCCGGUGAUCCCUGGGGCCACGGACCAACGGUCGGCCAACGAGCCCAGUGAGGCCGAUCGCGCAUUGACAGUGGUAGCGAAGAAGUUGAGCAAGACGCUGAGUGUGACGGCGACGGUGAACGAAUUGAUCCAACAGGCCACCGAUGAGAAGAAUCUCGCGGUGCUGUACUGCGGCUGGGCUGCAUAUGCAUGACGAAUUUUGUACUAUCUGACCUGGCGCGGAGACUUCCUAUGUGCGGUGAAUGUGUAUUUGUAGUGUAGUAAAUUUUGUGAUGUAUAGAGGACGGACGGAGUCGUGUGGAUAUAGACCAGG